AUGACUGGCGUCUUUGACAGCCUUGUUUCAGAUAUGCAUUCAAACCAGAUUACCUCCAGCAGUUACCAGCAGCAGCAGCAGCAGCACCACAGCUUGCAUAAGCCCCAGGAAUCUCCCACUCUGCCUGUGUCAACCGCCACGGACAGCAGCUACUACACAAACCAGCAACAGCACAGCGGUGGAGGAGGAGGAGGAGGAGGCGGCGCAAGUAGCAACGGAAGCAGUGGGUCGCCCUACGCCCAGAUGGGCUCUUACCAGUACCACCCUAAUGGCAUCGGCGCAGUGCCCUACUCCACCAAAGCCGGGAGUUAUGAUCUGGGAUAUUCCACCUCCUAUAGCUCCUAUGCAACCUAUGGGACAAGGACGCCCCCAAUCAACAAUGACCCGGAAAAAGAAGAGGGCGAGCCGGAGAUCCGAAUAGUUAAUGGGAAGCCAAAGAAAGUGCGAAAGCCGAGAACCAUUUAUUCCAGUUUUCAGUUGGCAGCCCUACAGAGACGCUUCCAGAAGACCCAAUAUCUGGCACUGCCUGAGAGAGCUGAGUUGGCAGCUUCACUAGGCCUCACCCAAACUCAGGUGAAGAUCUGGUUUCAGAACCGCAGAUCCAAGUUCAAGAAGAUGUGGAAAAGCGGGGAAAUCCCGGGAGACCAGCAGCGCGUCGGCAGCCCCUCUCCUCCUUGCGCCUCGCCUCCUGCUUCAGCCACCCUAGCCUGGGACUUUGCUCCCCACCCGCAGCGAAUGAGUAACGGCGGCGGCGGCGGCGGCGGGGGCAGCGGCGGCUCGAGCCCCGGCACCCCCAGCGGAGCCGCCGCUUUCCUGGGUAACUACUCGUGGUAUCACCAGGCGUCCGGCGCGGCGGCUUCCCACCUGCCAGGAGCCUCCCCGAUCCUGCAGCAAGGGCAGUCUCACCAGCAUCACCCCCACCUUCACCAUGCCCAUCACCACGGCGCGGCCGUCAGCGCAGGGACUAUAUUCUAACCCCCAGCCCGUGCACCCAUCUACUCUCCGAGGGACUGUCCAGGGUGGAGAAGGAAGCCUUUUUUUUCUGUUCCGGUGGGCAGAGGUGUAUCCCCUACACGCACACACACACACACACACACGCACGCACACACACACACACAGCCCCGGUGCUUUGGGAAAGGGUCCGCAAUUCCUUCCCCACCCGAAAACAUCUCAGCCGCGGCGCCCGCCCGACUUGGUGGGGCCAAACGGGACAAGCGCCUUGAAACUUCAGCGAUAACCCCUGAAGUUUUUGGACUC